UCCUCACUUGUGCUCCUACCUUAAGGAUAUACAGCAGCAUCAGGAGCUCACUGGUGCUGAAGAGAUUGGGUUUUCCUCUCCUUGAAACCGUUUAGACCUUGCAAGAUGGACUUGCGUGUGGCGAGCAUCCUGCUCCUCGUCGUGGCCUCUGCAGCAGCCACUGGAAAGGGAUACGUGGUGAAGAAAGUGGUGCCCUACAACGUUAAGAGCCACAUGGUAUCAGUGGCAGGUGAGCCUGGUGAGCCAGGUGAGCCCGGCCCUGAGGGACCUCCCGGCCCACCUGGUCCCGCUGGGGAGAAUGGCGAAGGUUUUCCCGGCCCUCAAGGACCUCCCGGACCUCCCGGACAGCCUGGUCGCUCAGUCGCUGGCAAACCUGGAACUCCAGGUGGACCUGGCAAACCUGGUGUUCCUGGAGAGCCUGGUGAGAAGGGAGAAACUGGAGCCACUGGCCUCCAGGGCCCUAGGGGAGCCCCUGGAGCCUCUGGAAGCCCAGGACCUGCUGGUCUGUCCGCUACUGGCAAACCUGGACCUUCCGGUCUUCCUGGAGCAAUGGGACCUAGAGGAGAGCCAGGUCUGAAGGGACACCCAGGUGUGCCUGGACUUCCAGGUUCUAAGGGAGAUAGAGGGAUUGGAGCUCCUGGACCUCAAGGUGAAACUGGAGCUGAAGGACCAGUGGGACCAACUGGAGCACCUGGUCCAGCUGGAAUUGGAAGACCAGGCAAAUCAGGUACUCCAGGUGAGCCAGGAAAGUCAGGUAGCCCAGGUAGAGACGGUGCCACUGGCCCCAUGGGACCACAGGGACCUAAAGGACACACUGGUGCCCCAGGUGUGGGUAUUCCAGGUAAAUCAGGUGAAAAUGGUGCCCCAGGUCUGCCUGGUCCAGUUGGUCCUAAAGGCCACCAGGGACCUGCUGGAGCCCCUGGUGCCCCAGGUGUCCCAGGAUAUGGAAAGCCAGGUGCUAAUGGUCAGAAGGGAGAGAGAGGAGCUACAGGUUCCACAGGUGCUCCAGGUUCAAAGGGUGAACAAGGUCCAACUGGUUAUACUGGUGCAACUGGUGCAACUGGCCCCAUUGGUUCUACUGGACCUCAGGGUGAAAGAGGAUUUCCAGGUGCAACUGGACCUGUUGGCCCUAAAGGGGACGCAGGUGAAACUGGACCUCAGGGGCUUAAGGGACACAAGGGAGAUCAGGGAGCACAGGGUUUCCCCGGAAAGCAGGGCUAUCCAGGUGCAGCUGGUCCUCCAGGACCCAGAGGGUCAACUGGACCUGCAGGCGAUAAAGGUACUGAUGGUGCCCCAGGUACUCCAGGUGCCCCAGGUAUUCCAGGCCCUGCUGGACCCAAAGGACAUCCCGGACGUGCUGGUGAGCCAGGUGUCUCUGGAUCCGAUGGCACCCCAGGUCCCAGAGGACCAAGUGGGCCACAAGGCCCUGCUGGUCCAACUGGCCUUAAGGGACACCCAGGUCUUCCUGGUCCUCCUGGCCCCGCUGGUUUGGUUGCUAAGGGUCAUGCUGGACCUCAGGGCCCCGCUGGUCAGCCUGGUGAGCCUGGAGCUGAUGGAGAACCUGGCCCAGCUGGUCCUCCUGGACCCCCUGGACCUCCUGGUGAGGCUGUGUUUGAGAAAGGCAUGGGCAUGAGUGAGGUUAUGGUCAAGUCCCCAAUGUCUGCUUUCACUGCAACUCUGGCCACCCCCUAUCCUGCUGCUGGUACCCCCAUCAAGUUUGACCAGAUCGUUUACAACGCUGAGAGCCACUAUGACGCUGAGACAGGCAUCUUCACCUGCCAGGUCCCUGGAGUGUACUACUUCUCCUACAGCAUCCACGUGAAUGGAGCUCAUGCUCUGGUGGCUCUGUACAAGAAUGGCCAGCCUGUUGUGUUUACUUACAAUGAGUACAAUAAGGGCUUCCUGGACCAGAUGUCUGGCAGUGCUGUCCUCUUGCUCGAUGAGCACGACACAGUCUACGUCCAGAUCCCCGACGAUGAGGCCAAUGGCGUCUUUGCUGCCGAGAACGUCCACUGCUCCUUCUCUGGGUUCCUCAUCGCUUCAACGUGAUACGUUAGCGCCCAAAAGCCAGCCAGCUAAUGUUGCAAUCUAUUUCUCAAAGUAAACUCCCUGUUAAUUCCUCCUCAACCCCAUAGACAGGCAGUUCAACCUUCUUGAGGAAUAGUAGCAUCUUAACUUGAAAUUUACAAGAAAUGGGUGCUAAGAAGAAGGAAAAGUAAUUUAUAGAAACAGGUGAUCAGGGAUGGGAAAAGCAAUCUACAAAGUACCAGUGAGCUUUUGUAAUGUAAACAGCGUGUGAAAUCAAGGUGUUAUAACCGUGUUGUGUCCAGAAGUUUUCCUCUCCAUGUUGUUCUUUUUAUACCGACUAAAACUGGUGCCUUUGUGUCUGUGUUUGUGCAACCUCUUUUUGUUUGUUUGUUGUUUUUGUUUAUGCUGUUGGAAGCAGGAGUGAUCUACAUAAAUUCCUUUCUGUGCAACUUCUUGUGACUAAAAAUGUGACUUGAAUAUUUUGUGAAAUGUGAUGGUCAAAUUGACCAUUAUAAAGAAACGAGUCACCUGAAUAUUGUUAUACAAACACAAAUUGUUUAACAGCAACAUUGUUAUAACCCUUGACAUGCAUUGUGUUGUGGUAAACAUAAAGACCAAAUAAAAUAUUGUCUUAACGAA